AUGGAAUUGAAAGCAAAUUGCGAGACAUGCGAAGAAGCCCAGUCAUACCUUCCGGACGAUGUCGUUCUAGAAAUACUCUUAAAACUGUCAGUCAAGUAUUUGUUAAGGUUCCGGUGCGUGUCAAAGUCAUGGCGCUCUUUCAUCUCCGACCCCCACUUCAUCAAAACACACGUCAACGUCCAAAGACACCGGAGACUACUAACUAUUUUCCCUCAUCGUCUCCGUUCCAUAAACCUAGAACCAACCAAGGCAACCACCAUUAAUAAUAUUGAAGCACUGAAGAUAACUGAUAUUUUGGAUAUCGACCACAAGCCUUGUGAUGAGUGGUUGAAAAUAAUUGGUUCUUGUAAUGGGUUGACAAGAGUCUCCAAGAAAGUGCCAGAGUUGGAUUUCUUUGAUCGGAGAACUCCUUAUAUAUAUGGAUUUGGCUAUGAUCACACCGUUGAUGAUUACAAACUGUUGAAAGCAGACAAAGACAACGUACACAUAUAUUCACUCAAAACCAAUUCUUGGAAGAAGGCUCAGUCACGUUUUCCUCGCGAUUACUACAAACCUAUUGGGACACCUAUUGGGACAUCUCUGAACGGAGCCAUCCAUUGGGUUUGUAUUGACCUAGAGCAGCUGCAGCAGCCGCCGCCAUUAGUGAUCGUUGGUUUCAGUUUGGCUGACGAGAAAUUAUGGAAGAGUAAUGUGCCUGUCGGGUUUCCCAGGUUUCCAAUCGAAUUAGGGGUGUUUAGAGGAUGUCUUUGUGUGCUGAGUCGUACUAAUAAUGGUGAUUUUCGGGUGAUGUUGGAAUAUGGCGUGACCCAAACUUGGACUAAAGUUGUGAUUGAAACUCCAUCUUUUAAUACAAAGGAUUUGGUUUUGCCGCGCAGCGAUGGAUUAUUGAAGACGGAUGAUAUAUUGUUUGGGAUGGAUUCUGGCAAGUUUGUUUUAUGGAAUAUAAGAGAGAGAACCCGUAGGGAUUUAAUACGUACAGGAAUUCCAGAUGCAAGUGGAUACAAGUUUUUAAGAAUUGGAGGUUAUGCGGAGAGUCUCGUAUCACCCAUUAUGGGUGUUUGA